AUGACACUUCCACAAUUAUUUGCUCAUAUUGAUGGUAUUGAAGCUGUACUUGUACUUGAUAAAGAUGGUAUGCCGAUAUUAAAAUUACCAACAGCUGAAGCUGUUGAUCAACUUGAUUUACAAACAAUAAUACCAUCAGCACAAACAUUACAAGAUCAAAGUCAACGAACAAAUUUAAAGAAAUUAAAAACUGUUGUUACAUAUUGGUCAGCACGUCAAAUAAUAACAUAUAAUGUCCCACCACUUGUUUUUAUUAUUGCUGCUGAUACAAAUGUUAAUACAGGUGCAUUACUUAAUUUAUAUAAUGAUUUUCAAGCAAUUACUGCCGAAAAUUUAUCAAACAAAGCAUAA